GUGUCGCUAUCACGUGACCGCUGAGAUCGAAGCUGCAGUUGAUCCGUACACCGGGCCCUGCUGACCGGGAGAGCCAUGGAGAUCGGGACCGAGAUCAGCCGCAAGAUACGGACGGCCAUAAAGGGGAAGCUGCAGGAGCUGGGAGCGUAUGUGGAUGAGGAGCUCCCGGAUUACAUCAUGGUGAUGGUGGCCAAUAAGAAGAGUCAGGAGCAGAUGACGGAUGACUUGUCGCUCUUCCUUGGGAGUAACACCUUGCGCUUUACCACAUGGUUGCAGGGCGUGCUGGAUAAACUACGUGCCGUCACUCCAGGAUCCAACAGCUUGAAAGCCUCAGAGGCCAUCAUCUUCAAUAGCACUAUGCCACCCCUGAAGAGCCAGAGCAAAGAGGAUUCUGGGAGAGAUCUUCAGCCGCCGCGGCAGGAGAAGUUCCACAGCACGGUGCCCAGCGGCUCUCAAGCACAGCGCGGCUCUGACAGGUAAUCCCCUCGCCUCACGUCAGCAGUGAAACCCCUUCACGAAUUGUCCCCCUCGGAGGACAUCAUUGACAUUAAACUGGACACGGACGACCCUUUCAAUGACGACUUAAGCUUUAGCUCAGAAAGUUCAUUACAUGUCAGGAAGAAGCCGCCUUCUCUUAACAGGACGCAGAGACCUACGGUAGAGGUGUACAGGCCUCCGGGAAGCACGCACCGCCCGGAUGAACGCAGCAGCGCACAUAGACUGUCCCACAAUGUCCCCGUGUCAGUCAGACAGUCCAGCUUCCGUAGCAACAGAUCGGUUGGCCCCAAACCGUAUGAACUGCAAGAGGCCGGCCGAGUGGAGGAGACCUUCAGAUCUGCAAUGGGCCCAGAAAGAGCUUUACAUGAGUUUGAUGGGUCCCGGAAGAGGAAGAUUCCCGUCGCCAGUUCGGUGGUGAAGGUGAGGAGAACUUUGGAGGAGUUUGAGGAGGAAGAUGAAGAGGAGGAGGAAGCUUACCUCUCUCGGGCGGCUGCUUUAUCCAGCAGUGUGUCCGUGCCUUCCAGACCGGAGCGGAGGCCUACGCUCUCUCCUUCGAAACAAGCCAACAAGAACCUGAUCCUAAAGGCCAUAUCUGAAGCUCAGGAAUCUAUUACCAAAACGACCAGCUACUCUACAGUUCCUUCAAAGCAGACGGUUCCCGUGGCUCCGCGAGCUCGUCCGGUCCCUGAGGAGGAGCUGAUCCUGAUGAAAAGUAGAGCCUCCAUGUUACGUUAUCAGCAAGAGCAGGUGGAAGUGCCGGCACAGGACAGCAGGCAAGUUGAUGAGCAAAGACUGGAAAUCCUCUCCAGACUGCACCCAGAGCCAGUGGAGGAGACUGCAACCUGGGGACAAGUUGAUGAGCGUAGAAUGGACGUCCUCUCCAGACUGCACCCAGCGCCGGUGGAGGAGAGCACAACCUGGGGACAAGGUGUCGAAGAAACGGAAAAUCUUCGGCCCAUGGACAGCCGAUCCUUCAUCCUGAAAAGCGCGAAAGUAUCCAAGACACCCCCCAUGCCGGCUCCUCCCACACCGGACAUGCCACAGCAGCUUGGGAGGCUUAUUCAGCCCAGAGAGAAUAUAAUUCCGGAGAAGCCGGCAAGUCCGAAGUUCAUUGUGACUCUGGACGGGGUGCCGAGCCCGCGUGGUUAUCACUCUGAUGAAGAGAUGGAGGUGGAUCCGCCGGCCUACACCGAGGAAGGUCUGUACGCUGAUCCUCACAACCCGCCCAGCAGCCAUCUCACGCAGCCAAAUUCUCAGGAUGUGCACGCCUCUAAUGAGCCCGCUGCGGUUUCUGGCAAGGCAAAGAUCCACGAGCGCUGCAAGUACUGGCCGGCAUGCAAGAAUGCAGAGCACUGCGCCUAUCACCACCCGACUACUGUGUGCAAGGCUUUCCCCAAGUGCCGCUUCGCUGAAAAAUGCUUCUUCAUUCACCCCAACUGCAAAUUCGAUGCCAAGUGUACCAAAGCGGACUGUCCAUACACGCACGCCAGCAGACGGAUACCGCCGGCUGCUGCGACACAAGAGCCGGCCGCCAAGAGCCAUGCGAAGGUUCAAUGUCGUUUCUUCCCUUCAUGCAAAAACACAGAGUGCUCAUUCUUUCACCCCAAGCAUUGCAGAUUCAGCAAUCAUUGCAAGCGGCCAGACUGUGAAUUUUAUCAUCCAACAAGCUCCGUUCCUCCGCGUCACGCCUUAACCUGGACACGCGCCCAAGUCAGUGAUUGAUGGCCGCGGACUGGAGGAUCUCCCCGUGCUCUGGAAGCCGCGAGGUCGCCCUCCGUCUCACCAGCAAACCCGUCCCGAGCCACGAUGGUCACGUUUUG